AGAUCGCAGUGUUUGGUGUUACAUGGUAGAUCUGUACGAGUCGUGGCAGGUGAUAUGGGUGCUAAAGCGAUACUUGCACUUGCUAUGACGAGAGAGGCACAGUCAUCCCUUGCACUUUAGAGGCACUAAGGAUUUCAACCACGCACUGAAGCCGUCUUUCAUCGUUUGUAACACAGUCCACCUUUGAGGCCGCAAACCUGUGGAAGUGGCUCCGAAUUAUUUGUAUCUUUCGGGGCAUUUGGCGUGUUCGAGGGAGGCACAAGACGUGUCUAGAAACAGGAAGUCGAAUGAUAUCAUAAUGUUGGCUAGAAACAAUCUGCGGGAGGUUUCGACAGGAAUGUGGCUAUGCGUUGUUUUGUUGGUGGGAACGUUGUCACCGACUGCUUCUGCUGUGACGACUGCAAGCACUAGCACAGCGACGACGGUUUCCGCUGCUGGCACAGAUAAUGCUCAGACUGCUGCUACUAUAGAUCCACUAGAUAUUCAAACAGAAACAGGACAAGUGACUGUCGAUCAAGCACAGACAGAUAUGGGGCCAAUACUCGCGGGGGACCCUGAAGCCUCGGCCCCAACAGAGUCAGCAACAGCUACAGAGAGCAAAGUAAACACCACAACAACUGCUUUUGAACCAACUGAGAAACCUGGCAAUUCAACUACGGAUAGUAACAUGGUGAUGAUUGGGAAUAAACCCACAUUGGCUUCGGGACUGGUAUGUCCAACAUUUGGGAAUGCCGAGGUCGGAUUUUGUCCCAUAACAAAUGAAUCUUGCUCCUCAGAUGCUACCUGUGGUGAAGGCAGGAUAUGCUGCCGCAAAGGAUGCGGUGGGGAGUGUGUAGUGGGCUGUUUGCCGCAGGAUACGUGUGAGCAGACUUGUCUGUCUGGAUUUGCGCUGGAUAGAUUCAACUGCACGACAUGCUCCUGCAAAGCUACACCUGCUCCACCAGUGGAUUCUAGCCAUGCAUCUUACCACAAGCCUCGCAAUGGAACAUGUCCGGAGUUCCAGGCGACAAUAGGCUUGUGCACCACGGACAUGGUGGUGGAGAGAUGUGUAUACGAUACUUAUUGCCCUGGUCAAAGCAAGUGCUGUCGCAGCGGCUGUGGAAGGUCCUGCACAUCGCCUUGCUACGAGCCCGACUGCAGUGUGCCAUGCAAGUUUGGUUACAAGGCUGGCAGUGACAACUGCGCUACCUGUGAGUGCCGUGAAGACGCGAGCACCAUGCAGAAUCAAGUCACCUCCUACCCGGCCAUCACGACUAACGCCACCGGUGAACUGGCAACCGCAACAACAACAGCCGGACAGGACAUUGCAUCACCAAACCGUACCGACGAUCUAAUUGGUCGUCAUGUUAAGAUGGAGCUUGAGAUCCAUGGAACCAAUCCAGACGGUGAUGUUGAUGUGGCGCAGCUGUUGAGUGAGGCACCUGAUAUCAAAGAGUCACUGAGGCAGCAACUACAGAGUCAGCUUGGCUUAUUCCCUGGACAAUUACAAGUCACUAAAGUCAGGGCUGCUGCCACAGCAGAUCAUCUGCUAGUGUCAAUGAUACUGAUGGAGUACAACGGGACAAGCACCGCCAUUGUGGACGAGAAAAUCAACCUCAUAGGACAGCGGACCCGCGAUGGCCAGCUAUGGCUAACACACGAGGACAAGAAGACAAAUAGCUUCUACCGCCUGAGAUCUGUCGGAAUUCUUUCCAUCGGAAAAGGAAACCCCACAACUCACAAGCGGCGACAGGUGGUAGCCAUUGUUGUGGCUGUGAUCGGUCUGGUUGUGCUCGUCCUGAUCCUGAGUAUCAUCGCGUUUGUGAACUGGCGAGCGGAUCGUCGUAAGAAGUUGCUACUCUCCGGUACACAGCGUCAUAGUACAGCUGUGCAGUAUGACAAUACAGAAGGCACAACUUUCAUCAAUCCGUUCGGCCCGCAAACUGUGCCAAUCCCAGGUGCGAAGUGAAGUAGUCGAUGGUGAAACGGUGCAACGCUGGUGUGCUGAUCAAACCAUGAUGUUGAGAAUGGCGACUUGGCAGCCGUUGCUGUCAGUGGCAGCGUGCCAAUGACUCGAACGUGCGGAUGCAAGCAACACCUCGAGACAGGGCUAUUUCUCUCCAGACUGUACUCUACGGGUGAAAACCAAUGCCAGAUUACGAUCUCAGGCUGAUUGAUACCUGAGCUGGAAACAUUCCAAGCUAAAUGUUAUAGGGAACAAACCGUUUUCUUUCACCACCCCUCCUCGUUUCCCCGCCAUGUUAUUAAAAAUAUAUACACCACCAGAUUGUGUAAGUAACAAUACUUGACAGAUUGCUGAGCGGAAAUACAACGUUAUCACUUCUAAAUACAAAGUACAUAUGCAUAUUAGUAUAUCACUCCUUCGUGCACCACGUAGCAGUCCUCAUACACAUACACACCAUACUAUUAUACCAGUGUUUCUCUCAGUGUCUGUUGAUUCGGAGCUAUUUCAUGAUGAAAAUUAUUGCAAUGUAUGCUGGUACAAACUGGUACCAUACUAUUUAAAAGUCAGAAACUAACUGGCAAAAUACAUGUUAUGAGUAUGUACAUUUUUAUUCA